UUUCACCUUUUCCAUGCUGGGUUGGCGGCCAUGUUGGUGUUGGUGAUGUGUGUUGCGCAAGACGAUGCGGCUGAACACAAAACUAGAUGGUAUUUUACUUUAUUUACUUGGAAGAUCAUACUUUAGAUCAAAAACAUCAUAUGUGUAUUUCAUGGUACAGUUCAAAUAAAAUAAUAAUGAUGAUGAUAAUUAAAAAAAAAUGUUGCCCUUCAUUCACAACCAUACAAAGUGUUUACAAAAUAAGGUUCCAUUUGAUCCACCAGAAGGGGUGUAGCUUUCGUGAAAUUAAUUAAUUUCACUUUAACUUACUUUGAUUUAAUUUUGACUCAGGUAUCUUUAAUAUAACGUCUUUGGGGCACCUAAUGCUAAUGAUGCUAACUUCAGGGUAAGCCUACAAAAGUACACAAUCACUGCUGCCAACACUGUAGAGGUAAGUUACCCAUUUUACCAAGUGUAAAUCCACACCUGACUACAACCAGAUGAUGUUUGAUCAGGAUUUAUCUUAUUGUCUUUAAUAUGUGUCUCUAUUAAAAUAUAAAACAAACUCAAAGUGUUAUUGUAGCCUUCUGGGGCUCAACGGCAGCCGACUGACUGACUUGACAGUUGAGCUUUAUUCUGUGGUUGCCUAGCAACGCCAACUAGAUGGGACCCAGGUGCACGGCAGCCACCAGACACCGGUUGAUGAGAUGGUCCACUCGGCGUUACGCUACAUCUAAAUACCCGACAAAGAGCGGCUGUUCACCCUGGACGGAGUAGUCCGAGGUGAGCUAACCAGACGGUGAGGGCGGACCACAAAAACCAGAGCGAAGCGAGAGCGUCUUUUUUUUUCUCUCUCUCUCUCUCUGUCUUUGUCCGUCCGCGUCACCCCGCACCGUGGCCAGAAGACCCCCGUCGCUUGUCUGACCGGCGACAACCAUGAGCCAGAGGUUUACCGUCUCCAAGAGCGACGGCGACCGGCGCCCCUCAGACAUCCAGGGGGAGGUGAACCAGCUGUUUGAGGGAGACGAGCCCCCGACCAGCAGCGGCGCGGAGGGGGAGGACGCAGCCGGCGCCGAGGAGGUGGUGGUGGUGCUGAAAGGCGACAGUAACCCCAAGGAGAGCAGCCCCUUCAUCAACAGCAGUGAUGCUGCCACAGAGAAGAGCCAGCAGUAUGACGGCAAGAACAUGGCCUUGUUUGAGGAGGAGAUGGACACCAGCCCCAUGGUGUCAUCUCUUCUCAGCAGCCUGGCCAACUACUCCAACCUGCCCCAAGGUAGCAAGGAGCACGAGGAGGCUGAGAACAAUGAGGCCGAGUCAUCGCGCAAGAAACCCGUCAAGGCCCCCCAGCUCGGCACUCUGAUGGGUGUCUACCUGCCGUGCAUCCAGAACAUCUUCGGCGUGAUCCUCUUCCUCAGGAUGACCUGGUUGGUGGGAAUCGGAGGCGUCAUCGGGACUUUCAUCAUCGUCUUCAUGUGCUGUGCCACAACCAUGCUGACUGCCAUCUCGAUGAGUGCCAUCGCUACCAAUGGAGUAGUGCCAGCUGGAGGCUCCUACUACAUGAUAUCCCGCUCCCUGGGCCCUGAGUUCGGGGGAGCAGUGGGGAUCUGUUUCUACCUGGGGACAACCUUCGCUGGAGCCAUGUACAUCCUGGGGGCCAUUGAGCUCCUCCUGAUCUACAUAGCGCCCAAGGCGGCCAUCUUUCCCCUGGAGGGCCUGGAGGGUGCCGAGGCAGAGGCCGCUCUGCUGAACAACAUGCGCGUGUACGGCACCAUCCUACUGACCUCCAUGGCCACGGUGGUCUUUGUCGGCGUGAAGUACGUCAACAAGCUGGCCCUGGUGUUCCUGGCCUGCGUCAUCCUCUCCAUCCUGGCCGUCUACGCAGGGGUCAUCAAGACCGCUGUGGAACCUCCAGUAUUCCCAGUAUGCAUCUUGGGCAACCGUACUUUGGUGUGGAAGACGUUUGAUGUCUGUGCCAAGACCGUUGAGACGGCUAACGGGACAGUCACCACCCAGCUGUGGCGCAUGUUUUGUGACUCAGCGCUCCUCAACGCCACCUGCGACAAAUACUUCGCAGCCAACAAUGUGACUGAGAUCCAGGGCAUCCCAGGGGUCACCAGCGGGAUCUUGGCAGAGAACCUGUUUGGGACCUACUACGAGAAAGGGGAUCUGAUUGCCAGAAAUGACAUGGACUCUGUGGAGGACCCUGACGACCCUCUGACCAGCGCAAACCGCUACGUGUUGGCCGACAUCACCAGCUUCUUCACGCUGCUGGUCGGCAUCUACUUCCCCUCCGUGACAGGGAUCAUGGCUGGCUCCAACCGCUCUGGAGACCUGCGUGAUGCCCAGAAGUCAAUCCCCAUUGGAACCAUUGCAGCCAUCACCACCACCUCCACUGUCUACAUGUCCAGUGUGUUUCUGUUUGGUGCCUGCAUCGAGGGGGUGGUCCUCAGGGACAAGUUCGGAGAAGGAGUCCACGGGAACUUGGUGAUCGGCACGUUGGCUUGGCCGUCACCGUGGGUGAUUGUGAUUGGCUCCUUCUUCUCCACCUGCGGGGCGGGGCUUCAGAGUCUGACAGGAGCUCCUCGUCUCAUGCAGGCCAUCGCCAAGGACGGCAUUGUGCCCGCCCUUCGGAUCUUUGGCCAUGGAAAGGCCAACGGAGAGCCCACAUGGUCCCUCCUGCUGACAGCUUGUAUCUGCGAGAGCGGCAUCCUUAUCGCUUCCCUCGAUGCAGUGGCUCCCAUCCUCUCCAUGUUUUUCCUGAUGUGCUACAUGUUUGUGAACUUGGCCUGCGCUCUGCAGACGCUGCUGAGAACUCCAAACUGGAGACCUCGCUUCAAGUUCUACCACUGGACUCUGUCCUUCCUGGGGAUGAGCUUGUGUCUCACCCUCAUGUUCCUCUGCUCCUGGUACUACGCCAUCGUCGCCAUGGUGAUCGCCGGCUCUAUCUACAAGUAUAUCGAGUUCGCAGGUGCGGAGAAAGAGUGGGGUGACGGGAUACGAGGUCUGUCUCUGAGCGCGGCACGUUACGCCCUCAUGCGGCUGGAGGAAGGUCCCCCACACACCAAGAACUGGAGGCCCCAGCUGCUGGUGCUGGUUAGCACAGACGCAGAGCAGAACGUGGAGCAGCCUCGUCUGCUCUCUCUGACCAACCAGCUGAAGGCGGGCAAAGGUCUGACCAUCGUUGGAACGGCUCUAGAGGGAAGCUUCCUGGCCAACUACGAACAGACCCAGCGUGCAGAGCAGGCGCUCCGUAAACUGAUGGAGACCGAAAAGGUGAAGGGCUUCUGUCAAGCGACCGUCUCGUCGAACCUGCGUGAUGCCACUUCCCACCUCCUCCAGGCCAGUGGGCUGGGAGGCCUGAAACAUAACGCUGUGCUGGUGUCUUGGCCACGCAACUGGAAGCAAGGAGACGAACACCAGACCUGGAGGAACUUUGUUGAGCUGGUCAGAGAAACCACCGCUGCUCACCUGGCUCUGCUCGUCCCGAAGAACAUCGCUGCCUUCCCGUCCAAUGGAGAGCGCUUCACCGAGGGUCACAUUGACGUGUGGUGGAUCGUCCACGAUGGAGGCAUGCUGAUGCUGCUGCCCUUCCUUCUCCGCCAGCACAAGGUUUGGAGGAAGUGCAAGAUGCGCAUCUUCACCGUGGCCCAGAUGGACGACAACAGCAUCCAGAUGAAGAAGGACCUGACCACAUUCCUCUAUCACCUCCGUAUUGAUGCCAUGGUGGAAGUUGUAGAAAUGCACGACAGUGACAUCUCAGCCUACACUUACGAGAAGACCCUGGUGAUGGAACAACGGUCGCAGAUGCUGAAACAGAUCAACCUGACCAAGACCGAGCGCGAGAGAGAGAUCCAGAGUAUCACCGAUUCAUCCCGAGGGUCUAUCCGCCGUAAGAACCCGGCCGCUGUGACCACCCAGCUGAGUGUGACAGAGGACCCGCCAGCAGCCAGCAAGGAGGAGAAGCCCGAGGAAGAGUCAAAGUCGGCCUCUUCCCCUGUAUCCCCCCCUGACCAGGUCCAGCUCAUCCAUGACAAUACCACCCCAACCAGCCCCGCAACCCCAGCCACCCCGCUGACCCCCGGAGAGGGGGCUCAGAGCCCCGGGGAGCAGGUCCAGAUGACCUGGACUGAGAAGUGCGAUGGCGAGCCAGCCAAGCCGCCUGGUGCAGCCACACCAGAGGGCAUCAAAGACAUCUUCAACAUGAAGCCUGAGUGGGAGAACCUGAACCAGUCCAACGUGCGACGCAUGCACACAGCGCUCCGGCUGAAUGAAGUCAUCAUCAAAAAGUCCUCAGAGGCCAAGCUUGUCCUCCUCAACAUGCCCGGGCCACCCAGGAACCGGACAGGUGACGAGAACUACAUGGAGUUCCUCGAGGUCCUCACUGAUGGUCUCAACCGGGUCCUCCUGGUCCGCGGAGGCGGCCGUGAGGUUAUCACAAUCUACUCCUGAAAAAGCAGUCCCCUCCCCAGUUACCACCUCCCACCCCCCUCAGCCAUGUUCCUGUGUCACCCGUACUCCCACCCCCUCAUCAGCGCUUCUUCAUCAUUAUGUCGUUUAUUUCUGUAAGAUAGUCCUCUCACACCCAACCAAUAGCCCAGCUCAGCUUCAGCACCUCUCCCUCAGCUCCAUCCCCAGCAGACCAAUGAGCAGUGUCACACGCUCAGCUACCACACCCUUCAUACUAGUCCAGCAAGCUACUAUAACUAGCGUAGGCUCUAGACUCAUUUUAGAUGCUGUCUAGAUUUGUCCUUACAGCGACAUUGUAUUUCUUUGCUAGUCUGUAAUCUACUGUAGUAACUCGCAUAGAGUGAGAGUCACUCGGUGAGGAGGAGGAGGAGGAGGAGGAGGAGGAGGAGGUGGUGGGUGCGGGUUGUUAGCUGAGGUGUGAGCGCACAUGCAUGUGUGUGUCCGUCUUUGUCUAAAUCUCUGCAGAUUCUUUGUUUUCGUUGUUUUCCUUAUUUGUUUUGGGGCUUUUUUUUUCUAAUACAAAUGUGGCAUAGCAGCGGCUUCUGCUCGGAAAGAACGAGAGCCAGCUGACAUGAGCUCAGUGUAGGAUUUGUCUGUUUAGUUCCCCUCGUUGUGAUCGGACACCUCCCACAGCGCUCCAGCCUGUCGUCUUUGACGUGAUUUAUCUUUCAAGGCAAAAAGACACUGCUACCCACGGUCAGGAGCACCAGCUGGAAGGAGGAGAAUAGAAGUCGUUGGGUAUGAACUGUGAAAUCUCACAAAGAAGACCGAAAAAAAAGGCACGUGGAUCCAAACCUGCAGUAUUCUCUCGAACCUUAGCAUGGCAUCCUUAUAACUCUGUGUGUUUUUUACUCCACUCGUUCUGUUAGUGCCAUCAUGUUCCUCCUUUUCAUUUCUUAGUGGCUGUUUAUCCCUGUGGCCACUGUUAGUGCCAAAAAAAUAAAAUAAAGAAUCCAACAAGGCUAGCUUAGUCUGUAGAGAUUGACACGUAAUUAAACUGUGAAUAGUGCGUUUCCUAGCAGAAGGCUGGUGUGACAGCAGAAUGGGGAGACAGUACAAACCGCCGCCCCCCCCUCCCCGAGGAGAUUAUCAUUGCCAGCACCCCUCGACCCCUCGUGUGGAUCACUGUAAAUAAUGUACAAGCUCUGACGCGUUGUUCAGUAUGAGUGUAGUAUUUUUGUGACAUACUAAAAAGCUUCUAGUGGAGAGAAAACGUUCCCUUCGUUCAGAGGGGACAAGCUCGACAAAAAAUGCUGUUUUUAAAAGUUUAUUUAUUUAUUUAUUUAUUGGAUGGCAUAGGCUCCUGUCACAAUGGUAACUGUCAUUGUAACCUCGACAAGCACUGCACCUGCACUGUCCGCCACUGUGCAACACGUGAAAUUUUGAUGAAUUCAUCAAGUUCAUUAAAUGAAGAAAAAAUAAAAUACUAAAUGUUAUUUUUUCAUCUAGAGAACAAAUAUGUAUUUAUGUUUAUAGACAGAAGUUACACAUAUUGAUGAAAUAGUUGUAUGUCAUUUUGUCACUCGAAGAUAUAUCGUUGUUUUUUUUUUUUCCUUUGCCUGAUUUAGAUACAUUAAAUGUGCCAUAUCAAAGUAUUUUUCAAACGGAAACAGUGAACAAAAAAAAAAUUCUAUUGCUUAAGUUGGAGAGAACAAAGUGUGCUAAAAAAAAAAAAAGACAACCUGAGGUGUCGACGUGAAACUGACGCUGCAGUUGGAAAGUCACCCUGUAGAUGAUGAAGGAGUAAAUGUUCAGACCUCCGCGGAAAAAACCCACCAGAUUUAAAGUCAUCAUAUCAGCAAGAGUUUGAACAUCUAUGGAUUGAUUGUUUAUAGGGUCUCUCGUAUUAAAGUAAAUAACAGAGAGGACAAUGGCUUCUGUAGCUAGGAAACUCACUUUGUCCACACGGCUGAACUCUAUGCAGUAGACUCUCCAGUGAGAUUUUAUAUCCUCUAGAUUGGUUUGAAGAUUUGAGCCACACACGUCCCUGACUGAAUGACUUGUGAGCAAAUCAUAUUUAGGUUUUAAACAAACAAAAAAAAAGAAAGAAGUGCAUCUUGGAAAGGAAUGUGCAAUAGUUGAAAUCCGGACUCAUGUGAUCAUGUUAUUUAUUUUUUUACACAUAUAUUUUGUAUAUGUAGAUUUCGUAAGUCUUUAAACAAAACAAAAAAAAAAAACCCAGAAUCAUCUCACUCUGACCAAGGACAGCUGUCACUUUACUUUGAUUUGGUUUCUUUCUUUCUUGAAGAAACUGUUUUUGGUCAUUUGCACUUGUAGUAGAAAUAUGAAUAUAAAUAAAUAACGUAUAUAUAUACAGUAUAUACAAUAUAGGGAAGCAAAACAAAUUAGUUUCUAGAACUAUUUAAAAACAGUAUUAAAUGUUUCUUAGUGUUGCUUGAAUGUCUGACCAUAUGUUGUGAAUGCUGCUAGUAACAAUAGAUUUAUUUGUACUGUAAAUAGAACUAAAGCAACAUUAAUGAUCAAGUGGAAAAGGGUAUAGACAUACAUAUCAAUGGUGGUGGUUGUCAAACAAGACACGGCUGUACCUGUAAACGUUGGACAGGGUUCUGCUUUCUGUUUUAAUAAUUAUCUAUACUGAAUAACUUGAUGCAAUAUUACGACUGAGGGCAAAUCUGCCACCCGUAUAUCCUCUUUUUAAAAGAAAUUGCUCUCUCGAUUAACACCAUCUCUUAAACCCAUUAGUAAAGUGAGCUAAUUUUAAAAGUAACAGAUUAUUGAUUUAUGUAGUUUACUUAAAGAAAUCUCAAAAGGGAAAUCACCAAAAUAUGUAUAAAUAUGAAUAUCUCUGCCAAACGUUGCUGUUUGCAAAUUUUUAACACACCUACCUUUGUCGCCUGUGAUACUUAAGAAGCAGCCACUCCUAGUUUUCAAAGAUUUUAGGGUGCAGAGUGAAGAAGAUUUUUUCUUUGACACGCGCGUCACACUUAACUCUGACAACGGGGUUGUUUAAAAAUCAGUUUUUGAAGAACAUGGCUAUUUUGGGAUUGUCUCCACAACAUUGCCUGCAUCAACUGAGCCUUUAAAAAAAAUUUAUUCAAAAGAGAAGAUAUCUGAUGUUUAUUGGAGAAGUUUAUUGGAAAUGAAUUUAUUUAUUGAAUUAUAAAUGUUUUAUAAUUGCUGUUUGCAUGGUACUCUGUGGCAAUAUUUGUUUUAGUGGUUUCUAUAGUGAUGACUUACAUGUUCAAGGUGCAGAGCGGGGGUUGAAAAAAAGGUUGUCAAAUGUUCUCGCUGGGUUACAGGUUUUGAGAACUUCCGGAGAGACACGGCUAGACCUUGAAAACAAGUCUUUUGCAAAAAAUAAGAAAAAGUAUGAGUUCACUAUAUUGUUACUUGUUAUAUUUCAAUCUUGCUCAAGUAGUCUUAUGUAACGUAAUAGGAGAUUUUUGAGUUUGCGAAUGACUGGGCCUCAGAGAUGGUCAUUUUCACCUUUGUAAAUAUAUAUCACUAAAGUCAGAGACACUGUAACCGACUAGUGUUGUCUUUUGUUGUACACUGUUCUAUCACUGUGGACAAAGUCUUAGAGUUUUGUAAAGAUUACGUGCAAUAUUGUUCUCACAUUGUCCAUUUCUCAUUUUUGUCACAGCUUUGUUAUUUCGUUCUAUAAAAACAAACCGGAGGGUGUCAGCAGUCACUUAUUUCAUCGGAAUGUCUGUCGUCAGGUCUUACGGACAGUAAAGAUUUACAGUGUUCAUCCCAAAUGUGGCUGAGACAGUGAAGCACUUUACACUGAGGGGGGUCCUCUGUGACAGGAUCAGUCUGCAGCGGUGGGAGGUCAAACAAGAGCCAGCCUGCUCUGCACAGACUCUAUCCCACAGUGAUCUCUGGUGGCACACGAGUGUAUUACAGCCAGCUGUGAAGGUCUGAUGCUUCAGACCAUAAAAAAAAAAAAAA